UUAGUAGUCCACCGGAAGAAGGCGUCAGUGGUGCGAAACAACACUACCAAGUGUAGUCUUGAUUCAGUUGUCUAGUUGCGUUUCUACACGGAAAGUUGAUUUUUCCUAAUGAACUCUUACUUGCGCAGUUGUAUGCGACUAUGCAUUUCGUUGGCGCGUUUUCAUUCAUGGUAAUAUGUGUUACUGUUGUGUUGUCAACCCGGCAUGAUCGAGAACCUGAAACUCCAGACUGGCGAAUGACACUGAAGUCCAUACGAAACGGCAUUCAUAAAAUAGACACCUACUUGAAUGCUGCCUUGGACCUGUUUGGUGGGGAUGAUGGACUCUGUCAUUACACGUGCAGUGACGGCUAUAUACCAGCACCGCGUCCUGACUACAAGCCUCCUCCUCCGAAUGGGUGCGGUUCACCUCUGUUUGGAUUCCAGUUUGAUAUUGGGAUUCCAUCCAUGACAAAAUGUUGUAAUCAACAUGACCGAUGUUAUGACACCUGUGGAAAGGAGAAACAUGUCUGUGAUGAGCAGUUUCAGGAAUGCCUAGAGUCUAUCUGCAGGAAUGUGCAAAGGACUUUAGGACUGCAACAAAGUGUACAAGCCUGUGAGUCUGCUGUGAAUCUGCUGUUUGAUGCUGUCAUGCAUAUGGGCUGCAAGCCCUAUAUGGACAGUCAGAGAGCAUCAUGCAUAUGUCACUAUGAAGAGAAAAUGGAUCUGUGAUGUCCUACCCUCAAGAAUGAAGCUCUGUACCCUCAGAUCUCCUGCUGUUUCAAUAUAGAAAGUAGGAGAAUACUAUUAGUUGAUUUCACAGAAUAUCGUGUGCAAAAGCACGAUUUGGAAUGAAAAAUUACCUUUUCUGACGAUAUCUUCAUGGCACUUAUGGUGUUGAUCUCAGGAAUUUCAUGUAAACUACUGUACAUGGAUUAGAAUUUGUACUCAACCAGGUUGUAAUUUAUAUGUGUGUGUGUGUGUGUGUGUGUUUGUGUGUGUGUGUGUGUGUGCGUGUGUGCGUGUGUGUGUGUGCGCGAGCUAGAGAAAGAGGCAGAUCCAGAGGCAGAUGUGGUUCUUUUUAUGUUUCAUGCAUGUGGGUCUUAAGAAUGCAAUGUCUGCUUCCUAUGUGUCAAAGCAGUUCUGCCACUUUUGCAUAAAGCUCCUGAACCAUUAAACACGUUUUUGAUUCA